GUCAGUCAGUCAGUAGGCUACAGUCUUUGUGCAUCACAAACAGGAACAUUGAACUAGCUUGCAGUCAGAAAUAACGGAAAGCUGAGGACCACACCAGAUCCACAAGGACAUAAUUGCCGCUGCUGCCCUAAAAAACACCCAUCGACAAACCGCUAUAGAAUCUAGGCUGUCAGGCGGAUAUCACUAGGCGGGAGCCAUGAUUCCUGUGACGGAGUUCCGGCAGUUCUCAGAGCAGGAGCCAGCAUUCCGGGUUCUGAAGCCCUGGUGGGAUGUGUUCACAGACUACCUCUCUGUGGUCAUGUUAAUGAUCGGAGUGUUCGGAUGCACCCUACAGGUGGUGCAGGACAAAAUCAUCUGCCUUCCACAGAGAAUAUCAAUGGCGAAUCAAACAAUACCCUUAUCAAAUAAAACCGAGCUGGUCUCACCUGUAGUGUCGCAGGAUGUGCAUGAGAUGAUGGGCCUGAAAACCAACCUGGACCUUCAACAGUACAGCUUCAUAAACCAGAUGUGCUACGAGAAAGCCCUGCACUGGUACGCCAAGUACUUCCCUUACCUAGUCCUCAUACACACCCUCAUCUUCAUGGUGUGCAGCAAUUUCUGGUUCAAGUUCCCAGGCUCCAGCUCUAAGAUAGAGCAUUUCAUCUCCAUCUUGGGAAAGUGCUUUGACUCCCCCUGGACUACUAGAGCUCUGUCUGAGGUGUCUGGAGAGAACCCAGAGGAGAAGGACAACAAGAACAACAGUGCCAGCAAAGAGAUCCUCAACGUGUCUGUAGAGGGGAACCUGGACAGCCUGGAGAAGACCCAGUCCCUCAAAUCCAUCCCAGAGAAGAUCGUAGUGGACAAGCCCACAGCCAGCGCUCUGGAUAAGAAGGAAGGAGAACAGGCCAAAGCUCUAUUUGAGAAGGUGAAGAAGUUCCGCCUGCAUGUCGAAGAGGGGGAAAUCCUCUAUGUUAUGUAUGUUCGCCAGACUGUUCUCAAAGUGUUCAAAUUCCUCCUCAUCAUCGCGUAUAACAGUGCUUUAGUCUCUGAGGUGCAGAUCACAGUGAAGUGCAGUGUGGACAUACAGGACAUGACGGGAUAUAAGCAUUUCUCCUGUAAUCACACCAUGGCCCACCUGUUCUCUAAGUUGUCGUACUGUUACCUGUGCUUCGUGGCUGUGUACGGAUUCACCUGCCUCUACACUUCUUACUGGCUCUUCUACCGCUCACUGAAGGAGUACUCCUUUGAAUAUGUGCGGCAAGAAACGGGAAUCGAUGACAUCCCAGACGUGAAGAAUGACUUUGCCUUCAUGCUGCACAUGAUCGACCAGUACGACCCACUGUACUCCAAAAGGUUCGCAGUGUUCCUGUCUGAGGUCAGUGAGAACAAACUGAAACAGCUGAAUCUGAACCACGAGUGGACACCAGAGAAGCUGCGUCAGAGACUGCUGACCAACCAUAACAACAGACUGGAGCUGCAGCUGUUCAUGCUGUCUGGGCUCCCAGACACCAUCUUCGAGGUGACAGAGCUCCAAUCCCUGAAGCUAGAGAUCAUCAACAAUGUAACCAUCCCAGCCUCCAUCGCCCAGCUGGAAAACCUCCAGGAGCUAUCUCUGUAUCAGUGUUGCUUAAAGAGCCACACCACAGCCACUUCCUUCCUCAAGGAUAACCUUAAGGUGCUCAGGGUAAAGUUUGAUGACAGCAGGGAACUGCCUCAUUGGCUAUACCAUCUGCGGAAUCUAGAGGAGCUCUAUCUCAUUGGCUCACUGAGUCCUGAUGCUUCUAAGAAUGUGGUUCUGGAGUCUCUAAGGGAGCUGAAGAAUCUGAAGACCCUCUCGCUCAAAAGUAACUUUACAAAGAUUCCCCAGUCCAUCGUAGACGUGUCCAGCCACCUGCAGAAGCUGUACGUUUACAAUGAUGGCACCAAGCUGGUGAUGCUCAACAACCUGAAGAAGAUGGUGAACCUGACUGAACUGGAGCUCGUGCACUGUGACCUGGAACGCAUCCCACAUGCUGUCUUUAGCCUCACAAACCUACAGGAGUUGGACUUGAAGGAAAACAACCUGCGCUCCAUUGAGGAGAUAGUCAGCUGCCAGCACCUCCACAAGCUGACGUGCCUGAAACUCUGGCACAACAGUAUCUGCUACAUCCCUGAGCACAUCAAGAAGCUUGGCAGCCUGGAGCGCCUCUACUUCAGCCACAACAAGAUAGAGAUCUUGCCCUCGCACCUGUUCUUAUGCAACAAGCUUCGUUACCUGGACCUGUCCAACAACGACAUCCGGUUCAUUCCGCCGGAGAUUGGCGUCCUACAGAGUCUUCAGUAUUUCUCUGUCACGUGCAACAAGAUCGAGAACCUCCCAGACGAGCUCUUCUUUUGCAAGAAGCUCAAAACCCUUAAGCUGGGCAAGAAUACGCUGUCAUUGCUCUCCCCAAAGAUCUCAUACCUGGUUCUAUUGACACAACUGGAACUGAAGGGCAACCAUUUUGAGCUCCUGCCUCCAGAGCUGCGGUUCUGCCGGGCGUUGAAGCGUGGCGGCCUAGUGGUGGAGGACGUCCUGUUUGAAACCUUGCCUUCAGAUAUCAGAGACAAAAUGAAGGCUGAGUGAAAUGCCUUGCAGAAUCUGUGCAAAAGGCCAUGCGAUACAUUACUAUCCUGUCCAGGGGGUUUAUGUGCCUCACACUACAUAAACAGGAGAAUGGCUCCUGUCCUAUGGGCCUAUCUGGCUCGGACAAAGCAAGUUACUUAAAUGUGCAAAAAGAAAAUGCCAAUCUUGUCUUAAUCUGACAAUCAUAGUCUACCAAAAUGGUAGAUUUUACUGUAUACUUAGUUUAUCAUGAUCAAACUCUUAAGUAGUAUACUGUUCUGGGGUGGAAAUUGUGAUAUUCAUGCACAGCAAAUUCUCCAGUGUUAAAUCAACACUUACAGUGACAAUUUUUUCUAUAAAGUUCCACAUGAUUAACACUUUUAGUGUUAUGCAAUAACACUUCAUAUAGUAUUUUUAACACUAGGAAGUGUAUAUAGUUUACACUAAUGGUGUUAUGCAAUAACACUUCAUAUAGUAUUUUUAACACUAGGAAGUGUAUAUAGUUUACACUAAUGGUGUUAUGCAACAACACCUUAUAUACUAUUUUUUAACCAUUACGCAAAGAGCUCUGUAUCUGUUGACAAGGUCGCUUGUGUUGGAUUAAGGAGAUUACACUAAUAAUAACGUCUUUAAUGCUACUUGUUAUUAUGUAAGCAUUUACAAAGACUUCAGGACUAGCAGAAGACAUAUUCUAACUUAAAUAAGUAUAACCAUAGACCACUUAAACUGAUACAACACUUCCAUUCAUGGGUGCCAAAAACAACGAAUUUAAAGCCAUGCCUCAACUAAGCCACACCUCCAAUAUAAUUUCCCAGUGCCUUGCCUUUUCAAGUUAAUUGUAGAUUUACCACCCAUGACGGUAUUUGUUAGUGACAGAGACAUGGUUGUUGAAUUUAUUAAUUUCACUCCUGUGGACUUCCCACUAGAGGUGAAUGUUAUCAUUAAAAUAUAAUGCUUUAGGACAAAUAUAUAAGGCCUUACUUUGAUGGCCAAGUUUUACCCUAACAGUGGUGCUAGGACAAUCCUGGUUUACAGGCCACAUCUGCAAGUCACAUUAUGCAGGCUUGCAAAGGGAUGUAAUUCCUAUAGGAAACCAGACAGAUUUUUAAUUAUUCAGAAUGACUGUAAGGGUUAGGAACAUUGUGAGGAGACUACCUAAGUCAGGGAUGGGCAACUCCAGUCUUCAGGAUCCAGAAGGGUGUCACACUUUUCCCCCAUCCCUAGCAAACACAGCUGAUUAAACUAAUUACGUUCUAAAUUAGCUAGGGCAAAAUGGUGACACCAAUCAGGCCCCUCGGGGCCCGAGUUUCCCACCCCUUAUCUAAACCAUUUCAACUGGAACAGCCAUUUAAGUAAUAGUUGCAUUUAUUGCAUCCAUCUGAUUGGAUUAGUUGAGAAAAAUCUAUGUUAUUUAAAAAUGGUAUUUGUGUACCAUAAUAUUAAUCAAUCAAUGACACAGAUAAUUAAAAACAAUCCUAAAAAUGACUACCUCCAGUAGAGCCUGCUGGAAAAUGUGAUAAUGAUGGGCAUGGUUUUAUUGGGAAUGUUUUACUCUCCACAGAGUAAAACUGACACAAUCACAUUCUCACACUUAACAUUGGAUAUAAACACUAACACUGGGGUUAUUUUACACUACUGAGUGAUAAUUUCAGAUUUCAUUUAACUCCUGACUCAACACUAGAAAUGUUACACUGAAAAAUCAACACUAGGUAACACUGGCCAAUUUGCUGUGUGGGUGUAUGUUUUGAGUAAUAUGUCUAAGUGUUACUUCAUGUCAGAAUGGAAUAAAACUUUGUGAUGUAAUGAAAUGGUUCUUAACAAUAUACAGUAAUUAGUCACAGGAAAGGUAUAUUUUGUAAUGGGGCGUUGUUCAUCUGCACCUGUCCGCAAUUGCUAAUAACCCAUCCGCAACCGCCCGUCUAUAUGUGAUAAAGUGAAAAUCUAACUUGCUAAUAUAAAAAAAAUGUGCUGUAGGAUAGUGUGAGAUGUCGGAACGAUUUGACAGGGGGUGCAGGAUUCUUUUUUGCCUGAUUUAGAUACGUUUCUGGUUAUAAUAUCCAACAUUUUGUAGGCUAUCUGUUAUUCAACUUGUCAUUAGGCCGAUAUGUUGCCCUAGAAGACUAAAUAAACCUUUGAUCACCAGACUAAUGUGAUACAUUGAUAGAAAUAAUGCUUCAAUCUAGUUGACAUAGGUAAAAAAGAUUCUCUGUGCAAAAUUUCGAAAUUACAUCAGUUUGACCGGUUCUAAGGAAACAGAAAAGUGUGAAAACGACCCAACAUGUUUCUGAUAAGAUUUCAGUUCAGCUUGGAUGCAUAUUUUAUGUGGUUGAAAUAGCUUACUGUCAGCUUUUAUGAUGCUGAUAAAGAUAUCACCUCUACAGACACUAUCUAACUGCGCAUUCACAUUUUCUCAAGAUGCUGAAAGAAAGUCCUUUUUGCCUCCAUGGAUAGACGCUCACUUUUUUCUGCCCAUUCCCAAGUGCAUUUGGGUUUUGGCGUGUAGGCUAUUUGGCGCGCCUACAGUUAGGCCCUAAAGAUGAAGUUUAUGCACCAAUGCCAGAUAGCCUAAAAUAAUUCAAGAAAAACAUCAAUGUAGCCUAUAGAUAUACAUUUCACAAGAAUGAUUUACAUUUACAGAUUUUUUAAGUAUUGUUUUCUUUUUAAUUAAGCCGCCCGCUACCCACCCACCCUUCAUCCGCACAAUAUUUCAUGACCCUAAACCCAUAUAACCCCGGGGACUGCUGGUUAUGAGUCAACCCGCGCAUCACUAAUACUUAGCCUGGCUACCAGUCUAUUUGUGCUAAGAUUUGACUCCUUGUACUCUGUGUCUUAUGCCAAACAUAAUGUUUGUGGAAUGAUAGUACAAACAGAUCUGGGACCAGACUAAAGGUAUACUGUCUACCAGAGGAACUCAACAACAGGAUUGCUUGUUCUUGUAUUAUUGAUAUUGUUAUUUAUUACACUUGUUAUACCGUAUUAUGCAGUGUCUAGCACAAGCUUCGAUGAACAUACACUGGAUAGAAUGUAGGCCUAUAAUCAGAAAGAUUGAAUAUAUAUACAAGAAUCAAAAUAUUGAAUGUAUUAUCCUGAACGGCCUCAUAUUUGGACUUAAUUUACUGUCCAAAGAUAUUCUAAAAUAGAUAUACUAAAAUGUUUUUUUGAAAUAACUUUUCUACUCAGUCUCUAUAUUAUGUAGUACUCGGAUAAUGAAAGUACUUUAUAUAACAGUGUAGUUGGCUACAAGUGAAAUGUGGACUCAGCUGUAACUGUUUGUCAAUAGCCUGUGGCAAGACCAUAUUUAUCAGGAGGGAUAGCUAGUUUUAGUUAGUCACAGUUUACACAAGCUAAAAAAGACCAGCCAUGUUGUAAUGAACAUAUUUUUAUUACAAUCCACAAACCCCUUGCACACGCCUUAUAGAUAGAGAGGACAAUAAAGUCCACGCCUUAGACAUUACAGUGUAUCAUAAUCAGAGCUGUAGAUCACUGCAAAGGUGCCAUGGUUAGCUGCUAUGGUCAUUUAUAAAAACAGUUUCCCUACCGUAUUCAGGGCGUUAUAUUCUAAUGUUAAAUAUUCCAACCAAAUGAAUACGGAUGGUAAAGAGUGAAAGAUAAUAAAAAUAAAAAUAUCUUUUGUGCAUAUUUUUUUACGAGAUGAUCUUUGCUGUGUUUGGUUCUUCAUGUUGAUGAAUAAAAACAGCCAGAUGGCAGCUGCUUUAAAUGUGGCACAGAUA